UGUUCAAUUCGGAUCGGGACGUCCCCUUAAGUUCUCUAUCGUUCUAUGUCUGUCGAUCGCAUCGGCGUCUUUUCACUUUGACUCGUGCGUGCCAUUGUGAUCGACGUCUCUUUUCACGAGCACAUUACGAAAAUCAUAGUUAUCGACACAGUCGCGCGCUAUGUACGUCUGGAUCGUGCAACAACUCCCGAUGCCACAGGUGUCGAACGUCUUUUACCCGUUCAACACCAGCUUAGAGGAAGAAAUGAAAAGAUUGUUCACCGAUCUAUCGAUCGAAACUACGACUGAACCUCAACAGAAUGUCGAGGAUGUAAUGGAAGAGUUCCGUCACAAUGGCCGCGAUUUCGAAUACUGUCCAGACCUGGACAGCGACAAAGUACCAGAGACGACACCACGACGCAAAAAGAACAAGAAACCGUUGCCCACGGAAUGUGUUUUCUGUAAAAACAACGGCGAGGAGGAGAAUUAUUACCGGCAACACUUACUGAAAGACGCAAAUGGCCGCAUCAUAUGUCCAGUCUUAAGAGCGUACACGUGUCCGAUUUGUGGCGCGUGUGGCGAUGCGGCCCACACCGUCAAGUACUGCCCCAAGAGCAUGAAGAAUGGAACCUCCUUAACGACGGUGAACGCAUUCAAGCUUUUGAGAAACUCGAUGGGCAAACGACGCACCAAGUAAAACGCACGGUGCAACGCUCGUUGCACGUGUCCCCUGUGACGUUAUUGUUGUGCCAUAAGCGACGUAAGGUUUUUUUUGUCGAGGGUUUUGACGUUCCGGGGUGGCCUCGAAAUUCAACAUCUUCGAACCGAUAUCAUCUGCUGGCAGGUAAUCGCGCCGUCGCACUCUUCGACGUAAGC